AUGUUCGACAACUUCUUCCAGCUGUCCUAUGUCGACGACGAGCAAAACGUCAUCGACCUGUCCGGCUUUGACACCCCGGACGACAUCUUCGCACCGGCCAACGGAGUAUGUCGUGAGUACGGUUUACGGAACGAGGCCAACGCAACGAACGACGUCGUUUGUGCAACAGUCUCCUAGUCUUGGGUAGAUUCUCGCACCCAAUCUAGCCGCCACGAGUACAAUAGUUCAGCUUCCUUGAAGGACCCCCCGAUGACCGCCAACAAAGUAAGUAAGUAUUUAACGCAAUCGCAAAUUGGACGGUAGCCUCCUGCAUUAUCACUCCUUCCUUGUGGAUGCCCUCAGAUUGUUGCCAUUUCAUCUUAUCUUGUCUUGCCAACACUCCUACCCCAGCCACAUCAUCUCCGGCCCCACUGCUCCCAUACUACCUAGUCUAGUGGCACACCGAGACUGGGAUAAGAUUUUCGCUCUCAGUGGAGUUCAAAGGCUGCCGUGUAGGGAGACGCUCAGACUAGCGUGUGCACCUAACGCCAAUCACCGCUCCGGAAAACAGCAAACACUUGCCUACAAGGUUUGCACAACGUUCACACGCUUUCGCGCCCUGUUUUGCAUUCCUCUUUUCCAUCCUUACCCUUGCGCCCUGGCCAUCCCCGACCCCACUCACCCCCGAGUCACAACCACACGGAACGAAUGCCUGUAUGUAAUCUCCCCGUCGGUGUGGUCCCACCCUUUUUUACAGCCGACGACGAGAUGCCCCUCUCCUUCAGCUUCGAGGAGUGGAACGACGACGACGAGAUGCCCCUCUCCUUCAGCUUCGAGGAGUGAAACGACGACGACGAGUGAUUUGUUCGGAAGGACCUGGCGAAUGACCAUCAACCCUCGGGCUCCGACCACGUACAAGAUGAUGACCAACAACAUGUUGGGCAAGUCAUCGCCACCCGCCGUGUUGGGCCAGUAAUAUUGGCAACACCGUCAUCGUCGCACGGCCGAUUUCUUCUUCGUUCGGUCUGUCUUGUCUGUCUGUGUGCUCGUUUUCGCUGAUGAGUUUUGGUUUGUUGGUUGCGUCUCAUAAGGUAGCCCGUGUUGGCGGAAGAAGACGGAGGAAGUCUGUGUUUUGCCAAGUAACGAAGCGCGUGCGGUUGGUGGUUGGAAUGGUUUAUUGUUGUAGCCGGUGCUGACGGAAGGUUUAUUGUAGCCAAGGUAGAAAGCCGAAGUUGACGGGAAAAGACGAAAGUCUUUGUUUUGCCAACAAAUAUAUCCAGACGUUGCGGCCGGAGUUCGGCAAGAGCAUCAUCAGCGGAUGGUAGCGACUUGGCCCGACCGACCGUCGCAUUGCAGCUACACGCUGGGAACUUGUCGUAGAAAACGGCGGUGGGAAGUAGUCCUCACCAUUCGUUAAGCACGCACGUUUGCCCUGAGAAUUCCAGCCGAGUGCUGCGGGUGUACGUAGGUUCGCAUGUAGUCUUUGCACGUCCUAACAUCCCCGAGUGUCCCGUCUUUGAAAUGUUGAACGGGCCAGCAACAAAGCCAACUGUAUGCCAACGCAUGUAGACUUUUGGAGCGUCAUAGACUAGUCAAUCGAGAUCUGGAGGGUCUUUGAGAAAGUACCGUUGGGGUAU